AUGCGCCUUGCGACUCGCUUGAACACGCGACGAAGCGGGGAGAGUUCCGCGCGCUUCUGGGCGGAGUCGUUGGCGGACUCGCAGCGGGCGCAGGCGGCGCUGACGCCAGAGACCGGCGGCGACGUGCCCCCUGACGUCCACCAGCUGCAGCGCUGCGAGGGGGCGGAGCGAGGCCGUAGCGCUGGUCUCUGGCGUCAGGACACCUCCGAGCGGGUAGGCGAAAAGCACGCGCAUCAAGAACCCGUGGAUGACGAGGAGGAGGGAGGGAAUGCCUCGGAACACCGGCCGCAGGACGCGGUGUUGGCAGAGCCCGUCGCGGUACACGAAUCCCCGGAAAGGGCAACGAGGCCGACGCCGACGGCAGCCUCGAAGCAGGGAGGAGAGCUCUGCCGCUUCGGCGACCUCCUAGCGGUGGGCGAGCCUCUUCUGCAGGGGUUGUUGGGCCCUGUGGGCAUAGACGUGGAACUGAGCGGCGCCACCGCGAUGCUGCGUGAUCCUGGCGCUUUUGCCGCUGUGAUUGAUUCCGUGGAGCAGGCCAGUAGCGAUAGUUUGCGCGACCUCCACGCCUCCAUUCAGCUCUUCUUUAUUGUGCGCGGGGAGUCCUUCUACACCCUGGACGCCUCUGUCUGCUCACCGCUGGUGUUUUUGGCCAAGCUCCUCUCCGCCCCUGCCGUGACGAAAAUUGUGCUUCGGCCGCGGUAUGUGUACCGGCUGCUCUUCCUCUUCCUCGGCACAGACCGCGUGGAGGUGCGCAACCUCGUGGACGUCUCCGUUUGGUCAGCAGUGGUGGAACGCGUGUGUGGGCCACGGCCCCACACGAAGAGCUGUGCCGAUUCGCAGAGUCUUUGGCAGCUGCUCCCUGACGCUUCACGGGAGGCCAUCGAGGUGCUGCUGGAGCGGGCGAAGCAGGAGAGGUGGUGCGAGGAAACCCUCGAGGCGGAGGAAUGUGCAGAAACGGCGACAGCCGCGGAAUCAGCAACAACAACAACGGCGCCGUCGGUGUUUGCCCCAGCAAGGAGCGAGAUGCCGCUGGCAGACUUGCUGGGACGCUUCAAGUCUUUGGCCACCCUCUAUGCCUACUUCGAGGCCUACCUGCGCUCUGUGGAGAGCAGCGGCGCAACGGGCAGCGUUUCAUUCUCCCUUGCCGCGGUUUGCAGCCUCGAGACACGUGUCAGUUUUCUUUGCGAAGUCAUGUCCUAUCAUGGCAUGUUUGUGCAAAAGGACAUGCUGGAUUGCAUGGUGGCGGACCUUGACGAGCAAGCCAAGGCCCUUGUCGAAGCGGGAAAUGCGGCACUGCAGGCCUUGACGGCCGAUGGGAGUGGGGAGGAAAUAGACAUGGCGACUGUGGGAGCGUGGGAUCUGCGGAACUUCUUGCAGCGUCGCGGUGUUGCUGGUGCUGACGGUGAUGCGCCGGUUGUGGUGGAGGGGAACGCGGUGGAGCAGCUGCAGCGGCUCGCCGCCCUCGCUGAUGGGGUGCAGAGUGGCACGGCGGCAAAUUUGGCGCACCUCUGGCUGACGCUGCGUGAGCGUCGUGAGCUUAAGCGUUCCAUUCUGGAAGGUUUUUCCAAGGGGGCGAGCAUGCACGCCCGCCUCAUCGCCGUCCCCGAAGAAGGCACGGCACCGAGCGAGCGGGGCGGCGACAGUCACCCCAGUCACGUGACGGGGCAGCACCGCCUCUGUUUCUCUGUGCAUCCAACGUGGAGCAUUCACCACGCCACCACGGCCCGCCUCUUUUCUUCUCGGCCGUGCCUGCAGACUGUCGCGAAGAACCCGCCGCUUUCACGCACGAAGCCGCCAUCCUCAUCGGCAGGGACGAUUUUCUCCAACCCGCACUGGACGCUGCGGCACUUGUACGGCCCCCCGCCUGGGUGUACCCUUUUGUCUUUUGACUUUAACCAAGUCGAGCUGCGUGUUUUGGCUCACCUCAGCGGUGACCCACUUCUCGUGCAGCAGCUUCGAGGCGGCUCGGAUGUCUUGGCGGAAAUAGCGCUCCACGUGAUGCAGCUGCCGCGGCGGGAGGAUGUCACGCCAUACUUGCGGCAAGGCACAAAGGUGGUGGUGUACGGUUUGCUGUACGGUAUGGGGCCGGAGUCGCUGGAUGCGCAUCUGCGUCAGCUGCACAAGGAGACGGCGGCGGCGGCUGUGGAGCAGCAGCCGCUCUCUGCACGGCAGUUGUUGUACUCGUUUAAUCAUUGCUACCCCGCCGUGCAGAGUUUCCUGCGGAGGACGCGACUCUGCGCCUUUCAUGAAAAGCGCUGCGUCACGCUGAAUGGGGUGCGGGAUUUGUCUGCGGAGCCUGACGGCAAUAGACGCAAGCAGGCGGCGGUGGCGUCAGCCAUUCAAGGCGGCGCCGCCGUCAUCCUUCACCACGCCAUGGUGGAGGUACAUGAGAGACGGCAUGAGUUUGUGCCGUACUUCCCCGCAGCAGCUCUCGCGCUUGUGCUAAGCCUGCACGACGAGCUCGUGUACGCCGUCCCCGACAGCGCGGUGAGUAUCAUGGCGCCGAAGAUCAAACACAUCCUCGAGCGGCAGUCGGCGGCACUUUCUCUCAGCGUCCCACUGCCCGUCUCGACGAAGGCGGGGAAGUCGUUUGGGGCGCUGCAGCCCCUGGCUGUCUAG